CUGCAAGGUCAGAGGGUUCCACGCCACUGCUGCUUGCCUCUCCCGAGCUAGCAGACCCUAAUUCUGGCUCUGCAGUAUCAUGAUCGACCACCUUGUAGGCCGUCCCAAUCCCUCCUGGAAGAGAAGGCAGGUCUUUCUCGUCGUCUUAUUUUGGCUAUGGCGCAUUCUUCAAGGAAACUCGGGUCCGCCUCGGGUCCUUUGGCUUAGUCGUCUGAACAGAUAUCUCAGACGUUUCACUCCGUGGCAACUUAUUGUCAGCACGUUAACAGCUAUAUAUGCUAUACGAAACUUUGAUAAGAUACUUGGGCUUCAAUCGCCAGAGCCUCUAGCUAACCUUUAUUCUCCGUCCUAUUAUCGCGCAACAUGGAUUAUCACUGGUUUGGAUGCAGGAUUUGCAACAGCCAUGUCAAUACGACCCAAGUGGUUGCGGGAUCUUUGUUCUGUAUUGUUCUCAGGUUACUAUAUGUUAUAUCCUAAUGAGGCGGAUGAGAAGCUACGACGAUUCAGAGCUGUGCCCACUGUCGAGAUGUUACGGGCUACCUGGGAAAAGACUACCAAUCCUUGGGCAAGCCAUCCUUUUACAUGCCAAAAACCCACAAUCCUCUUAUACGCGAGGCCUAAAACGUCUCCUUGCCAGCGACCCAUCACUGUGUAUCUUUUCUUUGCCUCUACAGAGGAAAGUCUAGGCCAGUCGUCUGACUUGGUUCUGGAUAUACCGGGGGGAGGGUUUGUGGCCAUGAAUCCCGAGCAUCACGAAGACCGUCUACGGAUGUGGGCCAGGUCAACAGGAAAACCUGUUCUGUCCCUUGACUAUGGGAAGGCGCCAGAAUAUCCGUACCCUUUCGCCAUAGACGAGGCCUUCGACCUUUACAGGCUGCUUGUUGAAUCUGGCGGUAGAAUCAUCGGCAUGUCCGGCCACAACUUGAAGAUCAUCGUUACUGGGGAUUCUGCUGGUGCUUGUAUUGCGGUCAACGUUGUUUUAAAGAUUCUUGAACAGCCGCACAACACUCUAGCACUUCCAAAACCGCAUGCCAUGGCCCUUAGCUAUGCUGCGCUUGACUUUAAUUUUACUUCAUGGAUGACACCAGAUAAUCUUCGCAUUUUGAGAUCCGAAGAACCACCUGGGGAUCUUCCAGGACCGCAGAACUUACCUGAAGACUACAAUGGCUUGAAAGAAAAUGCCAAUCCUCUCAGUGUGGUUGGAGAUAAUAGACCUGGUGUUCCUUGUCCGAUGCGUCUUAAGCGGCGAAGCAGCUGGAAAGAUACUUACAUGCUUGGUUUUGCUGGUGGUAACGAUGAAACUGGACCUCGGUCAAAGGAGAGAGCCCACUCACCAGUUUCCACACGCGUGUCAAUAGCACGAAAGUCGUUCUUACGACCUCGAACAAGCGCCACUGAUGGAAACUGGUCCUCAAGUGAUGAAGAAGACGAUUUUUUGUGCAAAGUGGAUAAAAAGCUAUCCCCGAACAAUGUGAAGCGUAACUCUGCUACUGUUCCCCCAACGGCACCAAUAGCUACCGCGUUGCAUACCGAACGACAGGAGGAGCUAUCUGCUGCCGUUUCCGCCGCAGAUCACAAAGCAUCACACGUAUCACAAGAGUCGAAACGGUCCACAGGUACCCGUCUGACGAUGGCAAGUAGGACCAGCUACUUUACCGAUAGGAUUAUCUCUCCUACAAUGAUGCGUGCAAUGGCUAUUCUGUAUAUUGGUCCGAAUCACAAUCCGGAUUUCGCGACCGACUAUCGAAUUUCACCGAUACUUACACCUAGUCACCUUCUCGCCCAAUUUCCUCCCUUGUUGAUGCAGUGCGGAGAAAAGGACCCGUUUGUGGACGAUACUGUUGUCUUCGCUGGCCGCAUCAGAGAGGCAAAACGAGCGCGUAAAAUCGAACUUGACAUGGCGCUUUCCGGUCACAGGCCCAAAGUUGGAGAGUCCCUUCGGAUGAGUGUCGCAGACGUGCCACUGGAUGGCAGUCGUAGGCUUGCCAUGAGAAAGGAAAGAGACCAGCUUGCGCGGGGAACUGAGGAUGAUUGGGCUCAAAUAGUGAUCUUCUCCGAGUGGUCCCAUGGUUAUCUUCAGAUGCCUCUAAUCAUGCCUGAGGCUAUCGCUGUCAUUGAAGAACUAGCUGAAUGGAUUUAUCAAGCAUUUGGACGAUUCGGCCAUGUUAAUGAUGUUGACAAGACGGCGCCUGACCAACGGCCAACUAGUCCUUUUACUUCGGAAACAGAGACUGACGAUACUGGCAUCACAUUCGUUCCGAAGAAAUACCAGGGACGUAUAUCGCCAACAAGCCCUCCACGCGACAAGAAAUCUGUAGACCAUGAAACCCCUCAGUCUAACGGGAACGGUGCGAUUUCACCAUCGGAAACAGAUAUCUCUUCUGAAGGGGAAACCCUUCUUGACCCCGACCGUGACUGCAUGAUAAUGCUGGGACUCGUUGACGGCUAUCAUUCGCCUGUGAAUCAGGACGUGCAGAAAUCAAGUGGACCGAAACAAACGGGUCAAACUAUUAGUGAGACCGAGUUGAUGCGUCGCCGGCGCUUAUUGGAUUCACAUCUC